CGCCCGCCCUUCCCGCUGCCCGGCGGCGGCGGCGUUGGGUGGCAGCGCCAGCCUCAGCCGCGGGCCUGCACUCAGGUAUGGAUAACAAGAAGGGGGAGAGAAGCAGGUCGCUAUGUGCAUCAUCACAAGAAGAGCUGAAAGUCCGAGGAAAAGAAAAAAGGAAACGAAAACGUAGUAGAAGCAGAUCAUCAUCGAUUUCAUCCACAUCAUCUUCUAGUACUGCCACUACAUCCACUUCUUCCUCCUCAUCACGCUCGUCAUCGAGGUCUUCUUCCAGUAGCAGAGAUUCUCCUAAAUCUAAAUCGAAGAAAAAGAAAAAAGAAAAACACAACAAAAAGAAGAGGAAAAAAGAGAACAAAGUGAAGAAAAAGAAAGAAAAGAAGAAAAAGAGAGAGAAAGCGGGACCUGUCCAGCUUUCCAAGUUCUUUAAAAACAAAAAGAAGAAUGAAAACUACAGCAUGAUAACAGGAAAGAAAAUUAAGAUGAAAAUAAAGAAGACUAAGAAGGAUAAAGAGAGAGACCGGAACCGUGCAGAGCUCCUUGAAUUUCUGAACUCUGCCUUAUGAUGGAAAGAGUGCUGACCAAGGACUUGCAAAUCUACCAAGCCAACAAUCAUCAUGCCUAGCAAAAUGCUGAAGGGGAACUCAGGGAAAAGGGCACCAACUUGGACAAGACCAGACUCUCCUGCUCGGAAGACAAUCAGGAUGUCCUUUUUAAUGGCAGAAUGAAGAGCAACUGAUAACUUGUUAAUGAAGAUCCAUGUCCUCCUUUUGAGAUCCUAAGGUAAUAGCCAGGCUGUGAUGUUUAAAAAGAGCCUAAUAGUGUGUCAUUGACAGUGAUAAGAAAUGAUACACUGAUGGCUAAUAACAUAAUUUGUAUCCUAGCUGCAUGCAGAAUGCACUCUUAAUUUCAAAUGUCUUAAUGUUUUUAGUAGCAUAAAUGAAACAAUAUCUGUAAAUGUUUAUUUGAAAGAUGAGGCAUUUCUAUAUGUAUAUGUUUUUCCAGCAGUGGUUUUACUUGUCCUAAAGAGCAAGCUGACCUUUGUAAAUAGAACAUACUUUUACAUAAA